AUGGCUCUUCUUAACCGGUCACGCGCCCGGGACCCGGAUAGUUUUCCGGCAAUGCAGCUCUUCCUCCUCGCUAUUGUUCGAUUGGCGGAGCCCGUUGCCCUAACGUCAAUCUUUCCAUAUGCGUGGGCAUUGGUUAAGGAUUUCCACGUUGGAGACGAAAACAAUGCCUCCUUCUACUCCGGCCUCCUCAUCUCAGCUUUCUCGCUUGCCGAGGCUACCAUGGGCAUGUACUGGGGUGGUUUGUCUGAUCGGAUCGGUCGCAAGCCAGUUUUGAUCCUGGGAUGCGUCGGUACCAUGCUCAGCAUGAUCAUGGUGGGAAUCGCUCCCAACUUCUGGGUUGCCUUGUUCGGCAGGGCGCUGGGUGGUAUGCUCAACGGAAAUAUUGGUGUUAUUCAGACCAUGGUUGGCGAAAUGGUCACCCGGCCAGAGCACGAACCACGAGCAUUCUCCAUAAUGCCUUUUGUUUGGAGCGUUGGCACAAUUAUCGGCCCUUCGAUUGGUGGUAUGUUUGCUAACCCGCAUGAGUCUUGGCCUCGGACGUUCCCUGUCGGCAGCUUGUUCGAGCGUUUCCCCUACCUGCUCCCCAAUCUUCUCUGCGCUGCCAUGUUGCUCCUGAGCAUUGUUUUGGGAUUCAUUCUCCUUGAGGAAACCCACCCAGAUCUACGACCACUGACGGCUCAACCGACUGAAUGCUGUGCCUCGGAAGAAACUCCGUUGAUCCCAUCCUCGGACCCACGAAAAUGCACUUCAACAACCGACUCCCAAGUCGAGACGUACGGGGCUACCGAAGGUGUGGGAGAGGACUGGGAUAUGUCUCUGACAGAAAAAGACACACCUCCCCCGCUCGUCAAGAUCUGGAACAAGGGGCUUGUCGGACUCAUUGUAUCCCUGUGCAUCUUCACAUACCACUCCAUGACCUAUGAUCAUCUGUUGCCCAUUUUCUUCGAAGACGAUCGUGUUUCGGCUUUCCAAACGGCCAAGGCACAUACGGUGUUCCCGUUCUACUCUCCCGGCGGACUAGGCCUGUCUCUCCGCAACGUGGGGGCGAUCAUGGCGGUCGACGGUGGCAUCGCUUUGAUCGUGCAGGGUUUCAUCUUUCCAUGGGCAGCAAACAAGCUCGGCACAUAUCGGCUCUUCCUCGUCGUUGCAGUGAUGCAUCCUGUCGCCUACAUCAUCAUGCCUAUGCUCCUUCUCGUACCCCAGUCUCUCCUCUAUCCUGCCAUUUACCUCUGUCUCGCCGUUCGCAACCUUCUCACCAUCGUCCUCUACCCUCUCCUCAUGAUUCUCAUCAAGGAAGCAACUCCCUGUCCAAGCGCCCUGGGCAAGGUCAAUGGCCUGGCUGCCAGCGCGGCCGCUGCAUGCCGCAUGAUUUCGCCUCCCAUUGCAGGCUUCCUGUACACUCUUGGCACCAGGGCUGAUUGUUCCGCAUUGUCAUGGUAUGCCAGUGCUGGCGUCGCUGUUGUCGGUGCCGUCCAGUGCUUUUGGGUACCGCGAGCGUGGAACGACGAGCACUCCGAAGAGCACGGGAUUGUACGCCGCAAACAGGAUGUCACUGUCACUAUCGCUGAAGUACCGUUCUACGACUCUGAUUAA